GCUGGUGUUAUUACUUUAUUAAUAUGGGAAGUAACAGAAGUAAUCACAAUGCAUACUAAAGUUUUAAAAGAAAGCUUCGCAGAUAUUAUUCGUAUAGAUCAGAUAAAGGAUCGAAGAAUACGCAUUAAUUUAUGGCUAUUAUAUCAUCUUCAUGUCAUAAGCUUAUCACACCGACUAAACUUUUUAGCAAAGAAAUGCAUGGGUAUAUAUUCUUUUGUUGCCGCCAUGUUAUUUGGAUGUAUUGUCAAUCAAAUUUACAAUAAGGAGAAUAUUAGUGGAGCUGUUAUAACCUUUUUUGGGUUUUUUGGGUCAAUUUUUCUUCUUUGUCAAGCAGGAGAGAAGAUAGCUCAACAGAACAAAGAUAUAACUGAUGCAGUCUACCACUCGUUAUGGUACAUGACGGAUAUUAAGACAAGGAAAGAUAUUAUAUUUAUCUUAAUGAGUAGCAACAUUACGCUUCAGCUUCAGGCAUUACCAUUAGGACAAGUUAAUUUCGCUCUCUUACUUAUGAUAAUGAAAGGCGCAUUCUCCUAUUUAACUCUACUCCAGAAUUCAGCCUAAACUCUAUGUUUUUUUUAAUUUUAGAUUAACAAAAUAUGCUUAUAUAGAAAAGGAGAUUAGAACUAACAAGAACUCACACGCUUAUGUCUAUUGUCUCUUGUAUCAAUAGAACAAACACCUUAAACGAAAUACCUUAAGGAUAUCCAAUUUGCAACUAAUGAAAAUACUAUAAAAUUUUUUUUUAAACUUACACAUAUAUAUGUUCUUGGUUGGUUGUUAUAUUUAGAGUAUCUUAAGAAAGGAUAAUGUCUCGAAUUUAACCUUUAACUACCCGCGCAUCAAGUUAUAACAUAAGUAUACGCGUGGCGUACUUAAGUACAACGGUUUUGUUUAUAUUUUCUUGAAAAAAUACACUUAGUUGUUUGUUAUAAACAUUAUUCGGCAUCAGCGAAUACUUGGAGUUCUUUUUCAGUAAGUCAAAUGGGAUUUCUAACUGGAAUCUGAUACUUUGAGAAAUAAAAUUAGUAAUAAAAAAAUGUUUGAAAUGUGAUCCUUUACAUAAGAAAAAGUAUUGUUUAUAAAGAAAAAUAUGUUUUGUGCCAUAAUCGCUAAAAACAAUUGAAAGAUGUACUUACAUUACUAAAAUCGUGGCAUAUUUUAUACACCACUGGAAACAACAAAUUAAUAAUAAUUGCGAUCUUCUCAGAACGCCGAUUUUAACGAAACUAAAACCGAUUUGUAAAGCACAUUUCAGUGAUAGAUUAGAUAAAUAAUCAGGGUCAAAAAUUAAACUUUUAAAUAUAUUUGCAGUAGAAUUUUUAUAUCUGGCGUACAAAAUACGCCAGCGCGUGUAGUUAAAGGUUAAAGAUGUUAAUAAUUGAAAUUACAAUUAAAUUAUUAUUUUUUAUUGGUACACAUUGAUCACACUGUAUGUUAGUAUAAAUAAAACAU